UUUAUAUACCAACCUGACUUUGUCCUUCAUACACCAGCUGCCCGGUCCACACCGCAAGUCGCCGACUCUGAUCCAGAGCAGAAUGACGUAUCAGUGCUUCACCAAUUUUGGUGGGAUCUAAACUCACAGACCACGGCUGGAGCUGAUGGUGCCGAACGAAGGACAGAAUCUACAGUUCAAGCAACAACAGCCUGCUUGUUAGCCUGUUCAGGACAACGGGGUCUGACCAUUGAGAGUAAAGAGACGGAUUCGGGUAAUGAUCUACAAUCGACCACCUUACAGACGAUGAAAAAUUGUCCCACAAAAGUCGUCAUUCGCCGGCUGCCCCCCAAGCUGACAGACGCGGAAUUUCGUCAAAUUGUAGAUCCAUUGCCACCACACACGUAUUUCCGGUUUUGUUCCCCGGACCCCACUCUGGGCAAUCUUGGUACGGCGAGAGCUUACAUUACGUUCUGUGAUAUUGAUGCUUUGUUUGACUUCAAAGAACGUUUUGACGAUUACGUUUUCGUGGACUCAGAAGGUAACGAGUCAUAUGGCUUAGUUGAGUUCGCAAUUUGUCAAACUUUGGCCACAACCAAGGAAACAUCCACAGGCAAACGAUCAGAGAAGUUCGAUAAAAAGCAGGGAACCCUUAACGAGGAUCCCGAUUUCCAGGAGUUUUUGAAAACAAUACAGCCACCAGAGAACGCCACGGAAGCCUCGGAAAAUGAACCGAAGAAGACGCCCUGGGAAACGAUUUUAGAGGACAUCCAAGCGCGCGAGUCAGCCAUAGAUAAGAAUUUAGUGAAUACGCCUUUGCUUGCAUACUUGAACCAACGCGAGUUGGAAAACAAAAGGAGGGAUGAAGACUCGAUACGACACAGAAAACCAUUCAAACAGCACCCGGGUAGUGCACGGAAAAGUUCUAGAUGCGUAGACCAAGGCCCACCACCGACCCCACCACCAAGUUCAACUCGUCCUCCACCAACAGGUUCGCGUCGUCCAACCGAGGCCAAACGCGCUUCUGCAUCGGUGCAGUCUUCACGAGACCCUGAAUACCAUGGUAGCGGCGGCUCACGAAUCGAUGAAGAACUAGUCGGUACCCAAAAGACAAGCAAAGACGGGAAACAUCCGGGAAAGCCAGUUAUAGAUGUGGAGGAGUUUCCUGCAAUGCAGGGAUCGCAGCAAUCCCUAUCAAAAUAUCCCCUGGGAUCUUGGUCUGACCGUUCACCCGCUUGGACAGGUAGUCAACCCACUUUGGAAAGGGGCGAUACAAAAUUGAAAUCCAGUUCUAAGGAUACGAAACCAUCACAUGUGGGAACGGACCUGGAAUCAGCGAAUCGCGAGGCCGCACAAAGCUCAGUACGUUCUGUAUCCACCACCUCUAUAGACCGAUCGGUGAGCGAAUCGGAUUCCAUGACCUUCGUGGAAUCAAACACUACAUCCGACUUUUCUCCACAUCUUCGUGAUUCUGGAUGUCGGGGGAGGCGAUCUACUUAUUACGCCGCUCGUUCCCAGUCUGGAUUCACCAGUCAUUCACGAAAACCUGGGGGAAAGCCCUCUAGAGGACGGCGAGAUUCCGAAAGUAGUGGUGGCGUACCUGGCCAGCGUGCUGCCAGCCCGGACCUGGACAUCCCCACCGAAUAUGACCGUGGGGGAGGCCAGUCUUCCCGCGGGCGUCGUGGCGGUGGGAGUCGGUCCAAUAACUCUGCGGCUGAUUUCGAUCCUUAUUCGGGCUACACACGGGGUAGUGGCUACCGAGGCAGUCAUCAGACUUUUCGGAAUACCGGUUCGAGCCGCAGCUCUGACUAUAACGAGUGUUCCUAUGGACCGGGUACCCAUUCAGAGCAUGGAAGUUCACAUUCUCGCAGGAGUGGGAGUUCCAAUCCCUCAACAACAUCCCGAGCUCGGGGUGGUGGGUCUCGUUGGCAGUCUGGACACCCUCAUAAGGGCAGCGGUUGGACACACAAUUGAUUCUUUUACAAUCAAAAUCCUGUUAUGCUUCAGUUUAAUGUUCCUAAAUUUUUCCAACUUCAUCCUUGUACUCCACUCGGUUGCAAUACGAAUUCG